CAAGAAGGAUAAACUACGCAGCGUUUCUCGUUCUCCUGCGCGUCGUCGUAGCCCUUCACCUUCUCGCGGACGCAGAUCAGCUCCUCGCGGACGCAGAAGCAAAUCGCGCAGUCAACGUCGCAAUCUGGCUACUAGACCUCGCAGUAAUCCACGGGGACGUCGUAGCUUUGGCCGUAAAAUUAAGGCAUAGUACGCUAUUCCAUCUUAUAACCUUAUGAAGCAUCCUCGUCGUCCUCAACUUCAACAAGAUGAAUUAAAUUCUAGUGGAGAGCUCUAAUAAAGGUGCGCCACGCGGCGGCAGUCCUCCUCGUCGUCGUCGUUCAGGUGGAGCUGAAGACGCUAAUAAUAGAAGAUACCCUAUGAUAGCGAGACGACCACGUGGAUACGGUGGUCUCAUGAUCAAACGUGAUUCAGCUCUGUUUAAGGAUGAUAGUGAAGAUCAGGAUGCUGCUGGGGAAGACGUUAAUGAAGCCACUCCUGCAGAGGAGGAGGUUGAUCCCGUUGAAGAUGAGGUUGAUCCAGAGGAUCAAGAGCAACCUCUCCAAAGGACAGAAGACGAAGAGGAUGAAGAAGACGUGAAUCAAAAUGAAACAAAUGAGGCUUCGCAGCUUGAGAACGAGCAGCAAGUAGGAGGUGAAGAUGAUGCUGAUGGUGGUGAGAAAAAUGGUGCUUCUGACAAAGAAGAAGAUGAACAGCAAGAACAAGAACAUGUUUGUCCACAGGAGACUGGUGCGGAAGAACAAGACGAACGGAUAAUUGGAGAGCAAGAACAACAGGCUGACGUAGAUGGAGAAAACAAAAGGAAAAGUGAAGAUGUUGACAAACACGACAAAAACGAACGUGAUCUGGAGCGUCCGAGAGACGCCUACAGCAAGGGAACCUCCAUCGUCAACAAAUACAGUCGAAAUACCUCUAACAAUUCUCAUCGGAGUCAAGAAGAGUUCGACCUACAGUUUGACGAAGAUCAUCGCCGUCAACGCAAAAAUGUUCGUUCUUACCUGUUUUCGCGGCCUCGUGGAGGUGAUGACGGACCUCGCGGAGACCGAGACCGUUCUCGUGAUUUUAACAAGAAGUACGAUUACAAGAGUCAGCGUACCAGUCUAGUACCCCGAGCCAGCCGAAGCCGUCAACGACGUAGCUCAAACGACGACGAAAUUUAAGGGCAUGUUCUUGUUUUCUUUUGUGAUGCAUGAGCAUGAGCAUGUUGUCGUUCUUGUUGAUCUUCUUGCACGACUUGCUUCUAUUCUACGUCUUCAACUUCAUCUUUUUCUCUAACAUGACACUUGUGAUCAAGCACAAGACCGUCACUUUGAUACCUGAGCAUAUCCUCGCUGCAAGAACUUCAUCUCUAUUUUUCUGCUCGUCCUCCGUUUACUAUGAUCACCAUCGUUCUGAUUUCAUCCCCCUCCAUCUUCUCAAUCUCUAACAUGAUACAACGUUGGAGGAGUUCGACGUGAUCAAGCACAAGACCGUCACUUUGAUAUCUGCACGUGCCGCGAAAUCGCGUCGUCGUGGUCUGCUAGUGGCGGCUGCUGCACAGAAUGGAACUACUACUUCGACGUCGACGUGGGACAAGAACAGGGACAAUCGAGGACGUGGUCGUAAGUCGGACCAAAACAGAGAGAGACAACUCCAUACUAACAUUAAGGCUACCCCUAAUCCAUUUCUAUAGGAAUCCCUCAACAAUAUGCACCCCCAUACAAGGGGAAUAAUGUGGCAUAUUGUUGAGGGAUUGCCACAGGGAUGAAUUAGCGAGAGCUCUAAUAACAAGAGUCGAAGUCCUAGUUCUGACGGAGGUCGUACUGGUACUAACACGACAACUAGAGCUCGUCCUGGAGCUGCAGUGAUCAAAAAGCGACCAAGCAGGGAGAACACGAGCAAAAAUGUUCUUGGUGAACGUGGGCAUGUCGAUGGCCGUGACAUCAAGGAAAAUCAGAACGCAACGAUUUCUAGAAAGACCUCUGCUGAUCGUCAUCGUGACCACAGUAAAGAUAGCAACAGGGGAACGACUUCUGUGACGAAUAUUUGGCAUCGUGGCGACAGGAGGGUCAAGGAUCGCGAUCAUCGUGCGGCAGAUACUUCUGUUGAGAAGAAACCGGAGAUGAAACCUCGAAUUUUACCUCGACUGGUAAAGAAAGCAACUCCACCACAGCAAGUCGUUUCUGCGGCCAGUGUGAUGUCGUCGUCCGCAGGGGAUGACCAUGACAAGUAUCUACACCAUUUAACCUAUUUGUUUUUGUCUAAGUAUGCCUACUUCUUCAUUCGAUGAAAUUUCAAAAUCGCAACUUCGACAAUACCACUUGUUGUCCGGCGUUCUUGACCACGGAAAGAUUAGUAAUUAUCUGUAUCCAUUACACAAUUCCUUCAGCCACGGAGAUGCGAAAGAGGAUGAUGCCGACGAAGACGAUGCGGCGGACAAAGACAAGGACAAUGUUGAAGAGGAACUACAGGAUAAUCAUGUCGAAGCAGAUAUGAAGGCGGAUCAUGACAAUCAAGAGGAUGAGCUACAAGCUGAUGACGAAGAGGGUAACAUUAACAACAAGGUAGUUGAAAAUAGUGAGGAACACGAACAGGACGCUGAUGGACGAGAUCAACAAGAUCAAAUAGAAGAAAGAUCCAUCGAUCUUCAAGCGCAAGCAGGUGGAGCAGAUAGAGGCGGGCAAGAAAAUGUGGACCACGAAGAGGAUCAGCAGGAUACUGAUCAUCACGACAAGAUGCGUGAAGAUGUAGCUGCUAAGAGGAACAGGUCUACUAUUAAGGAGGACAACGAGAAACGCGAUAAGAAGCGCCGAAGAAAGGACGACAAUACAACAGGUGGAGAGCGACACGAUGACGAAAGCGAAGACCAUGAAGACUUGAACUUGAAGGAAGAGAAGAAAACCGAGUUGCAGAGUUUGAAAGAUGAGAACGAACGCCUGAGGGCUGACGCACGUCGUGACCGACAAACACUCACGCUGUUAUGGCUAAACAAGAUGGACCUUUCGCCUUUGGUUUUGAAUCAAGUAACUCAGGCUCAUACCUGUGGUUUUCCUCUACCAUCUUUCUCACACUUUUGUUGUUAUUGUCAACAUUUUUAACCAUUUCACCCUACCUGCAUCUUGUUCAUGCCCUCUCUGCUUCCCAAUCACACUUUUCUUGUUAUUGUUAAUAUUUUUAACCAUUUCACCCUACCUGCAUCUUGUUCAUGCCCUCUCUGCUUCCCAAUCACACUUUUGUUGUUAUUGUCAAUAACCAUUUCACCCUACCUGCAUCUUGUUCAUGCCCUCUCCGCGUCCAGAAGGAACAAGCUCAGGCUGAAGCACGCAGACACACAGAAAAGCUGAAGGUGUUACAGUCGGAAAAAGAAGCGGCCGAACAGCGUCUGGAGGAGACGUUGCGUUUUUUGAUCGAGUUUCAAGUCGCGACCUUCGGCGACAAGACAGUACGAGCAAAGCUGGAGGAAAUAACUAUAGGAGAUGAACAAGCUCAACAAUUGGAUACCUCAUCUACUCACUUGCUUGAUGGAGAAAGUGGUGCUGUAGUUAAGGAUAAGAUCAUCUAGGUUAGUAAAUUGCUCUUAGACUUUGUCUUUGAGGACUUUUUUUGGAAAAUUUUCGUAGGCUCAUGCAUGCAAGUGAUGUAAUAUUCAAGAAGUAGCUCUACAAACAAACGUAGAAACAAGUAGAUUUACAUAGUACGAUGAUCGUGUAGUCGAAAAAUCAAAUUUGCUUGUCCUCUCUAACAUUGGGGCUAGUAAACAAGAAGUAGAAGAUCUCGUUGGUGAAAACUGUUCCGUAGUUGCGGGGAAUCUGGAAGAUGAACAUGACGGUGAAGCUGAUGAAGAAUGGGAAGAUAUUAAGGUGACUGCAGCUCCAGCUCUGUCAUCGAUCGUCGCCUCAGCAGAGAUAGACAAGAUUCGCAGGGACAAGAACAACGAAGAUGAAGAUAUUAAGGGAUCAUACGCUGCUAGUACUUCUACCAAGUUGUACAACAAGAAGAGUCACAGGGGUUGUGCUAGAGCCGGAGGCGCGUAAUGACUUUACAGUCUAUAAGUUAGUAGUCGUGUUUUAAAACCUCACACACGUAUCACGAACACGAAGAUACGUGAUAUCGAAAUACUAUCAAAGCAGAUUGGAGUUAUACUUAUAGAUACUGGUACAACUAAAACCGAAGUUGUUGUCAUCCUAUUUGUCUAUAUCAAGUUAAUGAUAGCGUUACAGCGAUAGAGGCGGUUGUAUCCCAAUAACUCCCUUUGUAAUGCUAUAAUCACGACAACCACAAGCCCUCGAAAUAAACGAGUAUCCGAUCAUAGUACCCUUCAACAACACUCAUAUUGAUCGUUUACUACAACAAUGAAUUGCAUUUGGUGAUGAAAAAAAGGUAAAGGUCAAGGUGGACCAGUUCGAAUUUUACUUUAUUCGGAAGUCGAUAAAAAUAUUGAAAUUUUUUAAAACCCGUAAGAAAAACUGCUGAUUCCCAAGGAAGCUUUGAAGACGCUAGCAAAGUACACUAGUAACAUGACCUCCCGCCCCAAUGCUAAUCAUGGUCUUACACCUAAAGAUGAUUCAUGAUUAUAAUGAGUUGCACGACCAUCUUGUUCGAAGAACUACAGCGUUAGACUGAAGUGUCAAGAAUAAUUGAUCGUGUCUCAUGAUGUUUAUAUCUUCUCGUACCCCGCACAACAAUUAGGCUUCCAAGAACGACACAUGAUCGAAGAAUUAGUAUGAAUCAAUGUGUGCUAAAAAACCGUCAAAAGCCCACGUGGUCGUCAUCGACAAAUCAUAAAUCCUGAUGCGUUGUUUCAUAUCUUCUGAUUUUGACCCCGUACUGCUUAUACCUCCCUACUGCUCCAUACUACCCACUUGCGCUCAAUAAGAAAAAUCAAGAAUUCUUCUUGUCUCUGAUGGUUCUAGUUUUUAG